AUAUCAUCAUCAUCGUAUUCAAAACAUAAAUUCAAUAGAACAGAACAUAACAUAGCAUAGAAUCGAAAACAUGUCUGCAAUAUCCGCAUCCCUAAUCGGGUUUACACCCUCCCUAUCAAUACCACACCCCCCUCGUCACCACCAACGCAGAUCGAUAACCGUCCCAAAUUCUUCUUCUUCCGACGCUAAAAAUUCAGUAGCAACAACUUCACCAUUAUCAACCACCCCAUGGAACAUAGAUAGUUGGAGAAAAAAGAAGGCACUGCAACUUCCAGAAUAUCCAGAUCAGGAACAAUUAGAUGAAGUUCUUCAAACCCUUUCUUCUUUCCCACCGAUUGUUUUUGCUGGUGAAGCUAGAAACCUUGAGGAUAAACUCUCUCAAGCUUCCAUGGGGAACGCUUUUCUUCUUAUGGGUGGUGAUUGUGCGGAGAGCUUUAAGGAGUUUAGUGCGAAUAAUAUUCGUGAUACUUUUCGUGUUAUUCUUCAAAUGGGUGUUGUUCUUAUGUUUGGUGCUCAAAUGCCUGUUAUCAAGGUGGGUAGGAUGGCGGGUCAAUUUGCAAAGCCGAGAUCGGAUUCAUUUGAGGAGAAAAAUGGAGUCAAGCUGCCGAGUUACAGGGGUGACAAUGUGAAUGGGGAUGCAUUUGAUGCAGCAUCUAGAAUUCCAGAUCCACAGAGAAUGGUAAGAGCCUACUGCCAGUCUGUGGCUACUCUCAACCUGUUGCGGGCGUUUGCUACUGGAGGUUAUGCUGCCAUGCAAAGAGUCAACCAGUGGAAUCUUGAUUUCAUGGAGCAGAGUGAACAGGGAGACAGGUACCGUGAAUUGGCACAUCGAGUCGAUGAGGCUCUUGGCUUCAUGAGUGUUGCUGGAAUUACAUCUGACCAUCCAAUCAUGACUACAACAGACUUUUGGACCUCCCAUGAGUGUUUGCUUCUCCCUUACGAACAAGCACUCACUAGGGAAGAUUCUACUUCUGGGCUUCAUUAUGAUUGUUCAGCUCACAUGCUAUGGGUUGGGGAACGUACCCGCCAACUUGAUGGUGCUCAUGUUGAAUUCUUGAGAGGAGUUGCUAAUCCCCUCGGCAUUAAGGUUAGUGAUAAGAUGGAUCCAAAGGAACUUGUUAAGCUGAUAGAUAUUCUGAACCCCAAUAACAAGCCUGGAAGAAUUACAGUAAUUGUAAGAAUGGGAGCUGAGAAUAUGCGAGUGAAGCUUCCACAUCUUAUCAGGGCAGUUCGCAAUGCUGGUCAAAUUGUUGCUUGGGUUAGUGAUCCCAUGCAUGGGAACACCAUCAAAGCUCCAUCGGGACUUAAAACCCGCUCUUUUGAUUCAAUAAGGGCUGAACUGAGGGCAUUCUUUGAUGUCCACGAGCAAGAAGGAAGCUACCCUGGAGGUGUUCAUUUGGAAAUGACUGGUCAGAACGUGACAGAAUGUGUUGGAGGGUCACGGACUAUUACUUUUGAUGACUUGAGUUCACGCUACCACACUCAUUGUGAUCCAAGACUUAAUGCUUCUCAAUCACUUGAGCUUGCGUUCGCUAUCGCAGAGAGACUGCGCAAGAGAAGGCUAAACUCAACUCAAUCGCUGUCUUCCGCAGUCAGAAUUUAGAGAAAAGGGACUCUUACUUUUCCCAUGGGUCAGAAACGUUAGUGUAAGAUGUAUAUUUAAGUAUGCAAUGCACACAGAUCAAAUCUGGUAGCACAGCUUAAAUUGUUCUUGCAAGUUUUGUACUUUAAGUUGAGAGGUAUUGUGUCUGUUUGUGUUUGAGUAAAUCUGUAAUGAAUAAAAAUUCUCAAAUAAUAAAUCGAUAUCAAAAUGCAUUUAAGUGAAA